CUGAACCGCAACAAUAAUUUUGCAAAGUGUGUAUGUACAUAUUUCUGUACUCGGCUAAAAUUAAAUUUAAACCGAAACCUACCCUUACCAUUAUUUACUAAAUACAUUACCUUACCGUCCUUAAAAAGGGUUGGCCCUUUAAACUUCACCUUAUAAAGAACACACUACAUAUUUCGGUCAUUCCAUUUUUCACCCUGAUCUUGUCCACUACUGAAAAAUAAAGAAACGUCUCCCCACAAGAAUGUCUCUUGUAACGUCCUCCGUUCAAAAGAAGGGGAAAAAAUACGCCCCACCACGGUCCACCAGUCACGUCCCGCGUUCACAACCUAUUCCAAUCCCAAAGGUGCCCGGCCGGCCAUUCUACAACAGACGGUCGCCCCAGUCCUCCCUGGAAGAGGAGGAGUGGACCUACUACUACUGGUUGGACACGGGGGCCAUUGGAGGUAAGGGACAAAAUGCGGGGCAAAGAGAGAAUUUGGUGGAGGUAGAUGAACGUUUGGGGGAACAAGAGGCCGAAUUAAGUUUGAAUUUUAGGGCACAGUUGGUCCUGAAUGGGGCUCAGGGGGGAGAGGCUGAGGGGGCUGGCGUGAUGGAAAAGCGAAGUGUCAAGGUCAGCAAUGGAGAGGAUGCCGUCGUCUGGCAGAAUGGUGAGGAAAAACCUGGGAAAUCAAACCAUAAAUAAGUGCCAGAUAUUGGGGAAGCCUGUUCACUUCAAAAAUACACAAAUAAAUUAUUGGUAAUCUUUCCAGCAAAACGAGUUAUUAAAAUUUUAUCAGAAUAUUAAAACUAUUUGGAAUUCAAUAAGCAUGUGUAAAUUUUAUUAAAUCAGUUAUCACCCUUAUAAAACUUUUGGUUAAGUUUUGUUAAUUUUUCUUAAUAAAUCUGGUAGCGACGAUAAGGUGUCAAAA